CUGAUCAUCACCGUCGCCCUGGUUGCGUUCACGGCUUCCGAACCACCACCAUCAAAAAGCUACCUUCCUCCAUCAUCAGUUGGGAGUGAGGGAUAUCCUCAAGGUCCUCAAAGUGGUGCUCCUUUUAAUGCGGGAAUACCAGAAGUUGUGGCUGCUAGAAGUCUUGACAAACACGGCCAAGAACACCACGGGAAUGGAUUUGCCAGGAACAGUCCACACGAUCAUGGAGUCCAUGCUAGAUUCGGGAUCAAUAGUGAACACGGAUAUGAACAAAAUGGCGCAGCUUUCGGUAGAAAUGCUGUAGAAGAUGUUAGUGGAGAACCAGCGAACUACAAUUUCGGGUACAUGGUCAAUGAUUACCAUGAAGGAAUUGAUUUCGGCCAUCACGAGGAAAGGCUGGAUGAGUCAGCACAUGGGCAGUAUCACGUGGUAUUACCUGACGGCAGGAGACAGACUGUUAGUUAUGAAGCCGAUGUUCGCGGGUUCAAACCGCGCGUGACCUACCAGGAUUCCGAAGACCUCACUCGCAGUGGCUACGACUCUAACGCAAGCGGUGUACGAGCUUCCGUCGGUCACCAUGACAACGGAUUAGUCACGGGUCAUGGGAACCACGUUGCCCGUGCCAACGGUUACUGA